AUGCCUUCACCUGCUGUCACUGCUGCACCUACCAUACCUGCCAUCCCUCAUGCAGCUGUGUCUUAUAUAGCUGCGAAUCAUCCCCCUGGUCACAUCAAUAACUGGCUUGACGGCCUUCCCUUAUUGGAAAGAAAGAUGCAGUGCGCAAACCUUACUGCUGUUGCUAUUAAUGCAGAUACAGUUGAAGCAGCCUACAGGGGUGGCCGUGAUCUGUUCAAAGAAGUUCAAAAUGGAGAGGUUCAAUGCACUAUCGGCGAUGGAGACACCAGUAGAGUCUGGGAAAUUCUGAAGCUUUGGAUAUUCACGUUUGCAGGCGCUAGUAGGGUUGGUGUUUCAAAAUUGGUUAGCAAAUCUUAA